AUGGCGGCGCCAAUACACCUCCGGGGCAUGCCUCGUAUGAGCCGCAUCCUCGCCAUCGCUCUGUUCUGCACCUGUAUCCUUUAUCUACUUUCCCAUUAUGACUUGAGCCUCGGAGCGUCACCGUUCCCCUCCUUUGGAUCCAAACCCAAGGAUGACAUUCUCCGUUUUGUCAACCCCCUUAUCGGGACAGCCAACGGCGGGCACGUCUUCCCCGGCGCCACCCACCCCUACGGCAUGGCCAAGCCCGUAGCCGACACCCUCUCCCGCGCCGAAAACGCGGCCGGCUUCGUGUCCGACAGCAACCCGAUCCUCGGCUUCUCGCACAUGCACGACUCCGGCACGGGCGGCCAGCCGUCGCUCGGCAACUUCCCGCUCUUCGUGCACCCGGGCUGUCCCGGCGACGACCCGUCGCGCUGCGCCUACUCCGUCAUGGACCGCCCGACGGACCGCGUGGAGGGGUCGGUGUUCGCGGCGCCGGGGUAUUUUACCGUCAAUUUGACGAAUACGGUGCGCGCGGAGAUGACGGCGACGGAGAGGGUGGCGUUGUAUCGGUUUGGGUUUUUGGGGGUGGGGACGGUGGAUGUGAGGAGGGUGGAGGGGGAGGAGGUGGUGCGGGGCGUGCCGUACUCGCCGGUGGUGGUGGUGGAUUUGGUGGAUUUGAUGAAUAGUCGGAGUACGGGGGGGAUUCAGGUGUUUCCCGAAAGUGGGCGGGUGGUGGGCCAUGGGACGUAUGGGCCGUCGUUUGGGGCGGGCAAGUAUUCGGCGUACUUUUGUGCGGAUUUUAGGGGGGCGGCCAUUCGGAAGACGGGGACGUUCACGACGAAUGAGGCCGUCGAGGAGCCCAAAUUCUUGGAUAGCGUUGGGUCGGGAUAUCAUAUGCCGACGGGGUCUGCGGGUGCGUGGUUGCAGUUUGAGGCUCCCGCGAAUAACUCGCUGCUGGCGAGGGUCGGGGUGUCGUUCAUGUCGGUGGACCAGGCGUGUGACAACGCCGAGAGGGAGAUCCCUGAUUGGCAUUUCGAGAGGGUGGAAAGUGAUGCCCGGAAGGAGUGGCGGAAGAAGCUGGGUGCGAUCGAGAUCGAUGCUACGGGAGUGAGCGAGGAGCUGCAGACUACCUUUUGGUCGGGUUUGUACCGGACCAUGCUGUCGCCGCAGAACUACACGGGGGAGAACCCGCUGUGGAACUCGACAGAGCCAUACUAUGACUCUCGAAACAUCCGAACUUGGGGGCCUCUGGCGGGCGCGGCAGACUCAUCUGCUGGGCACGAGGCUCGGCCCAGGGGCUCGGCCACGAAGCCCGACGCCGCCAAAUACCGACGGCGCGGCGGCAACUGGCGCAACUACUGGAACCCCACCCAGCGCGACGUCUUCAAAGACGCCAACGGCGACCUCACCCAAACCGACUUCACCGGCUUCAUGCAGGCCCGCCUGACCAACGGCUCCUUCCGCUACACCAACACCCGCGCCUGCUCCCCCGUCCAGGACAUGCACUCGUGCUACUACGACACCGGCCUCGACACGUACGAAGGCAGCCCCUGGUUGUACAGCUUCUACGCGCCGCAGGACAUGGCCACCCUCAUCCACGUCAUGGGCGGCCCCGACGCGUUCGUCGAGCGCCUCGCCUACUUCCACACCAGCGGCAUCUCCUACCUCGGCAACGAGCAGGGGUUCCUGCCCGUGUUCCAGUUCCACUACGCCGGACGCCCGGGGAUGAGCUCCCGCUUCGUGCGCGAGUACAUCCCGGGGCAGUUCAACGCGACGGUCAACGGCAUCCCGGGCAACGACGACUGCGCCAUGGGCGCGUUCAGCGCGUUCGCCAUGAUGGGGUUCUUCCCCGUGGCGGGCCAGGACGUGUAUCUGCUGUCGACGCCCUUUUUUCCUGAGGUGCGGCUCAAGGCGAAGCAGAAGGGGAAGUGGGCCGUGAUAAGGGUGCGGGAUUAUGAUCCUGAGGGCGGGAGGAAGUAUAUCCAGCGGGCGAGGCUGAAUGGGAAGGAGUAUACGAAGAAUUGGAUCACCCACGACUUUUUCUUGAAGGGGGGCGUGUUGGAGCUUUGGGCGGGCGAGGAAGAGGGGAGCUGGGGGACGAGAGAGGAGGAUCUGCCGCCGAGUUACCCUAUCCAGUGGGGGGAGGGUCCGGGAUUGGGUGAGGGAUUACAGGAGUAA